UUUCACAUGUUUCGAUAAAAAUAACAACAAACAUAUAAUUUUUAAAUAAUAAUACAUAAUGCUACGUAGCAUUAGCAACUUCCGGACCAUUUCUUAGCUGUGCUACCAACCGUGAAAGUGGACCGACAUUAUCACAUUUCGUCUUUUAUAAUGUCCGCUCCGUCGCGAGAUAUUAACGAUUUGUUUGAUGAUAUAGUGCUAACCGAGGAGAAACACGCUCGUCUUGGCUACGACGAAGGCUUGCUGGAAGGUAAUUCGCAGGGGAACGAGGAGGGCUAUAAAUUGGGCUACUCCCAAGGCGUUCAAUUGGGCGAGGAACUUGGCAAAAUACUGGGAGAGGUUGUGGCCCAGCAACAAUUGCCGCAUACUGCGAGAGUGCGACGAACCCUUGAGCAGCUGCGGACGCUCAUUGAAGUAUUUCCACGCAAGAACGAGCCGGAAGCGGACAUUAUUGGAGCCGUAGAAACUAUCCGCAAUACACAUCGUCGCCUGCGUGCCCUAUUGGGUACUAAGGGAACAGCUUCUCCUGAGCCGUCCCCUGCUAAUCGCAAGGAUUAUAGUUUCUAG